AUGAUAGAAGUCGAAAUCCCAGAUAUUAAAUGUUUAAUUGAAAACCAUACUCAAUUCAUCUAAUAGGUUUGUUUGAAUAAAUAGUGCACAGACUUAAGAUUGAUUUGCAAUUAAUGUCUUAAAAAAGGACUCCAUUAACAACACAUGAAAGAUGUUCAAGGAUUGAACUAAUUAGUCAAUUUUAUUGAUAAUAAUAAUAAGUAAUGUGAUAGUCUAUGUGAAUCGAUCAGCAAAUAAGGUGAUCUUGUUUUGGACUCAUACUUAAAAUUGAAAAAUGAAAUUAAAAACAAAUAUCACAUCUCAAAGGAAAGACUUUUGAAGAUAGAUUCUAAUUAACUGAAUUAAGCAAUUGGUUAAAUGAUUUCUCUUGCUGAUUAUAAAAUAUCUAUCUCAAAGAUUAUCACGGAUUUAUCAAAUGAAUACAAGUUGAAAAUCGACAAAUUAAAAUAGGAAUUAUUAAUAAAGACUGUGAAUUUUUCUGAAGUCAGCAAAGAUGACGAGAAGUCAUCUACGAAUUUAUUCAAUAAGGGUUUUGCCUUAUUUAAUAAUCAAAAAUUCGAUGAUGCCAUUUAAGUAAUUGAUUAGACAUUGAAAUUGAAUCCAAACAAUAGAGAUUCAUUAUGGUGUAAAGGUGAAUGUUUAAUAAUGAAAAACAAUUUAAAGGAAGCUUUGAAUUUUUAUAAUUAAGCCAUAUCAGUGGAUUCAAAGCAUUUGAACUCACUCUCAUCUAAAGGUGAUUGCUUAAGAGGACUUGGAUAAUUCAAUGAAGCCAUAAUCCUGUAUGAUUAAGCAUUAUCCAUUAAUCCAAAACAUUUGGACUCUUUAUAUGGUAAAGGUGAUUGUCUAAGAGAGCUUGGUAAAUAUGAUGAAUCUUUAAAAUGGUUGAAUCAAGCUCUUUAAAUCUAGCCAAAGGAUUACUUUUCACUUUAAUCCAAAGGUGUGUGCUUACAAGAAAAAUAGAACUUUGUUGAGGCUUUAAAUUGCUUUGAGUAAGCUUUAAAAAUCUCUCCAGUUGAUCAAUUUAUUAAAAUGAGAAAAAAUAAAUGUGAGUAAGCCUUAAAGAAGAGUUGA